AUGGUGCCUUGCGAUGACGAGCGCGGCGACAGUGCAGCAGCUGAUCGCGUGUAUCGUCCGUUGCUGUUCCAGUCGACAGGGUAUGCGUCGUCUGAGCUCUUCCACGACGCAUACGAAAUGCACUCGCGUCUUUCGACGCCAUUGUCGUCGAGCGCGCCUCUAUUAGGAGGAGGAACAGGUACGACCGACCUCUCGGACCAGAAGCAGAUCCAGCGACAUGUGUGUGAGCCCCAAAUUCGGCUCGAAACGUUGUCGUCACGAGCUGCAACUACCGUGAUCUGGAUCACCUACGUCGUGUUUUUUCUUGCCAUGGCGUUACCCUACCUACAGAGCAAGGGCUAUCUGGAAUCGAUGAUAGUCUUGCCAGGUGCAGUCUGCAAGGCUCAAGGGAACGCAGGCGUGCCAUGUAUUGACGUGGACAAGGCAAACGACGUUGCUGUAUGGUCUGCUUAUGUGGCCAAUGUGUCGAGAUAUACUGGCUCGAUUGAGAUUAGGCUACAAGUGCGGGAGCGAGCAAACUCGUCAAGGCUUGACAAGUUGAUACCGUCUGUGACAGGUAGCGAUGCGUUUCGAGAUGUGAAACACGCUGACAGUGUCUGGGAGGACCUUCGGUAUCCAAAUGAAAUGGACAUUCGUUUCGAAAACGAGGCAAAAAGACUGAUGGAAGUCAAGGAUGGAGACAUCGGCCAAAGCGGUAGUUACGUCUUGUCGUACGAUGCAAAGCUGUACGGUAUUGAUCAUGGCAUGAAUCCGGUCGAAACGGAUCUUGUCGUCGAGAAACGCAAUCAAAGUAUCUGGGUGGCUUGUCAAACUGGUGGACCAUGUGAACUUGCACAGUUGCUGGAGAUAACGCAAGACAUUGACCAAGUGGAUGAAAACGAAUUUGAUGCGUACUACGCCGUCGUGACGUUCAAGGGGCUGUACCCAAACGAGUUUGGCGAUGAAGUGACCUACCAGUUUGCGUAUACAAAGCCAGUCGUUCACGUUGGCGAAGUUGUUAUCCGCGGAUUGCUAGUGCUGGCAUCUAUUCUAGCGCUUCCGUGCUGGUUCAUAUCAGUGCUAAAUUUUCACGGCGGAUCAUGGCGUCAAGUGCUUAGCGUGCAAAAGUGGUUGCUUGGCGUCGGCAUUGCGCUUGUGCUCUGGCAGAAUCCAGUGUACACGGUUUCCCAGCUGUGCGCAACUGUGAGUUCACGAACUCGUUUUGUGUCGAUCACUUGCCAGUCAUUCGCGGAGGCUAUGUUCGGUGUAUUCUGGUUGAGCCUCAUGGAUCAGCACGUUGAAAACCUUGCCACAAAAAGAAGCUCGUGUGUGUCAAAGUUCACCUUCGGCUUGGCACUUUUUGCAGUGGACACGUGCAUGACUGUGCUACGAAUGCCCAAGCUGUUUUUUAGAGUGGGAAGUAUAUCUGCGUUCGAUGUGCGCCACGAAAAGCUGUACCUGCUGCUUAGCGUUACUCGUAUCGGCUUUGUGCUAGCUUGGCUCAUUUGGAUAAUGGCGGCUGGGCUACGAUCUGGUCGACGUCUGAAGACAUUGCCGUACAUGGCGACCCGCUUCAAGCAGUUGUCGUACCGCUUUCUAGUACUGGAGACGCUGCUACUUUUUGCUUUCGCGUUGACGUUCUCAGCACUGCAGAUGUUUUACCUUGCUCAGACGUGGUACUUCAUCGGUUGCGACGCAUUCAUGCAGGACGCAAUCCAAAUGUUUGCCAAAAUGCACACUGGUCACCCGUCAUUGGGCCAGUUCCUGUUUCUGUCAGUUUAUGUGUACCUCGUCAUGUUCGUACACUUGCCUCCACCUGCAAAUGGCGGUACGGGCUUGCUGGGGUCAACAGCAUUCUACGUCGAGGAAAAGCCACGCGUCGACUCUUAUGGCUUUCUUACACCGGACCACGAUUUGUUUUGCGUGGAGACGGCUGAAUGGCUGCUAGAGAUGGCGUAUCAAGCUUACUUCGACCCACCUGGAUGUCCGUCGUCUUCUGGAUAUGGUGAGCUUGCGCUAGAGCGACAUGGCUUUGACUUGAUAACUCAUCUGCGAAGCAACUACACGGACACACACGCUGUCGUUGCGUGGAGUCUAGAGGACCAUCAACGCUUGGUCAUAUCAUUCCGAGGCACCACGAGCAAGGAGAAUUGGAAGAGUAAUCUCCGCGCUGACCAAAAGGUGUUGUGGAUACGAUCUCGAGGGCUGCGCUGGAGAAAGUCUUGUCUUGAAAAAGUGAAGGACGCUGCAGCAAAGAUUCCGUUACUCAAUAUGGCGUUGCCGCGUGUGCACCGAGGAUUUUGGAUUGCGUACGAGUCGAUUCGGGAUGAACUGAAGGACGUCAUACGGCUCAUUCUUGACGAAAACCCCGGCGUCUCAGUUUAUGUCACCGGUCACAGCAUGGGUGGCGCUCUUGCGGUGUUGGCUGCGUAUGAUCUUGCGGUGAAUUUUAGCAUCAAGGUCAACAUGUACAAUUUUGGUGGUCCCCGAGUUGGCAAUCCGAGUUUCCGACAGCAUUACGAUAGCUUUGUUCCCACGAGCUUUCGUGUGGUUAUGGACGGUGACAUCGUGCCAGGGUGGCCAAGAUUUUGGGGACUGUACCAGCAUGUGGGAACUGAAGUAUCGCUCGACGUGGCGGGCAACCUGAUUGUUGACCCGAGCUUCGUGGAGCGCCACCUCCACAGCUCAUCGAGGCGCAAGACGACAAUGCAUGGCACGAACGUCUACCGGGAGUCGAUCGCCAAGUGCCAUGAAAACCUAACGGUGCUGUAG